AUGUCGAUUGACUAGUCGCAGGUCGCGCGUACUGCUGUGCGGUAUUCUGGAAUUCCACAUUCGAAAUAAAAAAAAAAUUGUGGCCAGUGUGUAGUGAUUUGAGUGAAAAAAAAAAUAUAUACGGUUGGUGUUCGAAAUUCGAAAUGGCGGGAAAUUACUAGAACUUACUAGAUAGCAUCAUGCUAUAACACAUAACACACAACAUACAAUAUACGUUAGUAUUGAAGAGCUAAAUAGUUAUGGCGUUUAUGUCCGGACUCUGGAACUCGAUCGUUGGUGGCAACGAAAAGGAAAUAGAUUGGACGGAGACAUCAGUACUUUAUUUGGACCAAACAAAGAAAUACUUCUCAGUGUCCGAAGUUGACAAGGAAGAUAUACCGAUAGUGUUCUCUGAGGGCCAUAAGAUAACAUUCAACAAAACCGGCCUAGGGUUGUCCUAUACACCCCUUAAUUUCAUCACUAUAUAUCAUAUCGAUACCAGGAAAGCUGAAGUAAAAAUGCCGAGUGGUCACGUCGAUCAGCCGGUGAUUGAAGAUAACAGAGAUGGUACCGUCAGCAUCAAAUACGAUCCAAGAGAGGAGGGAGUCCAUGAACUGUACGUCAAAUACAAUGGAGAGCAUGUCCAAGGCUCUCCAUACAAGUUCCACGUGGACUCCAUCUCCUCAGGGUACGUGACGGCUUAUGGACCGGGUCUUAUCAGUGGCGUGAGUGGUGAACCAAGCCAGUUCACCAUCAGCACUAAGGGCGCUGGUGCUGGUGGGUUGUCUAUGGCUGUUGAAGGACCGAGCAAGGCUGAGAUUACGUGUCACGACAACAAAGAUGGCACGGUGUCUGUGUCCUUCCUCCCGACAGCCCCUGGGGAGUACAAAAUAUCGGUCAGGUUUGGAGAUAAGCACAUCAAGGGAUCUCCUUUCGUGUCCAAGGUGACAGGCGAAGGUCGCAAGAGGAACCAAAUCUCAGUCGGAAGCUGCAGCGAGGUCACGCUCCCAGGCAAGAUCAGUGACAAUGACAUCCGCAGCCUCAACGCUUCUAUUCAGGCUCCAUCCGGUCUGGAGGAACCUUGUUUCCUAAAACGCCUGCCGUCCGGCAACAUCGGCAUCAGCUUCACUCCUCGUGAGGCUGGACAGCAUAUAGUAGCAGUCAAAAAGAUGGGGGUUCAUAUCCAGAAUUCUCCCUUCAACAUCACCGUCCAAGAACAGGAGGUUGGCGACGCCAAGAAAGUUAAGGUAUCCGGAGCGUCUCUUAAAGAAGGAAAGACUCAUGGAGAGAAUACGUUCAUGGUAGAUACAAGGAACGCUGGUUAUGGUGGUCUGUCACUUUCCAUCGAAGGUCCAAGCAAGGCGGAGAUCCAAUGUGCUGAUAGUAAGGACGGUGUGCUCGCCAUCAGUUACAAACCAACUGAGCCCGGAUAUUACAUCAUCAACCUUAAGUUCGCUGAUCACCACGUGGAAGGAUCACCUUUCACUGUCAAGGUAACUGGUGAGGGCAGUAACCGUCAACGUGAGAAGAUCCAACGUCAACGCGAACCGGCACCUCUCACUGAGGUCGGCACCAAUUGCAAGCUGACCUUCAAGAUGCCCGGUAUAACGUCCUUCGAUCUGGCAGCUACAGUCACCAGUCCGGGGGGUGUGUCUGAAGACGCUGAGAUUCAGGAGGUGGAAGAUGGUUUAUACUCAGUGCACUUUGUACCCAAGGAGCUCGGAGUGCACACAGUCUCCGUGAAGUACAGAGAGAUUCAUAUUCCUGGAUCCCCGUUCCAGUUUACAGUUGGUCCAUUGCGUGAUUCCGGCGCUCAUCUCGUUAAGGCUGGUGGGGCUGGUCUGGAGCGUGGAGAGGCUGGAAGAUUCAAUGAGUUCAACGUCUGGACUAGGGAGGCUGGAGCCGGACAGCUGGCUAUCUCUCUGGAAGGACCGAGCAAGGCAGAAAUAGACUUCAAGGAUAGAAGGGACGGCUCCUGUGACGUGUCAUACAAGGUCGAUGAACCAGGUGAAUACCGUAUCGGUCUCAAGUUCAACGAGCAGCACAUACCGGACUCGCCGUUCAAGGUGUACAUUUCACCAGCUGUUGGAGACGCCCACCUGCUGGAAGUUGCUCAGUUCCCAGACUCAGCUCAAGUCGACAAGCCCACUCAGUUCUAUAUUAGACUGAACGGCGCUAAAGGAAGCCUGGAUGGCAGAGUGAUCUCGCCAUCCGGAAAAACUGACGACUGCUUCAUCCAGAACAUCGACGGAGACCAGUACAGCAUCAGGUUCAUGCCUCGAGAGAACGGGGUCCAUAAUAUUAAUGUGAAAUUCAAUGGGGUCCACAUCCCCGCUUCACCUCUCAGGAUCAAGGUUGGUAAAGAUGACGCGGAUCCCGCUGCAGUACAUGUUCACGGGCCAGGUGUUGGAAGUGUUAAAACAGGUGCUAAGACGGACCUCAUUAUAAAUACAUGCAAUGCUGGUGCUGGUAUCCUGGCUGUGACCCUGGAUGGACCCUCUAGAGUGGCUAUGGACUGCACAGAAGUUGAAGAAGGAUACAAGGUCCGCUACACGCCUCUAGCACCAGGAUUCUACUACUUGAGCGUUAAGUACAACGGAGCUCAUAUAGUGGGCUCGCCGUUCAAGAUCGAAGCCACUGGCGAGAAUCUCGCGGAGAUUGGUGCUCAGGAGACGUCUUCAGUGACUGUGGAGACGGUUCAGAAGGUUUCGAAGGCGGCACAGAAGCAGGGACCGGUGUUGCCGCACUUCAAGUCGGAUGCCUCAAAGGUUACCAGCAAGGGUAUGGGCUUAAAGAAGGCGUACCUCAACAAACACAACCAAUUCACUGUCCAUGCGGGGGAUGCUGGCAACAAUAUUCUGUACGUGGGCAUCUACGGUCCCAAGGGUCCUUGCGAUGAGGUUCAACUGAAGCACAAGGGUAAAAACAACUACGAAUGUUGGUACGUCGUUAGAGACAGGGGAGAGUACAUCGUGAUUGUCAAGUGGGGAGAUGACCACAUCCCCGGCUCCCCCUACAAGGUUGAAGUCUAGACUAGUCUAGACCAGUCUAGCGUCUAGUCUAGAAUCAUGAUCGCUUGUCGUUUUAUUUCGCGGAUUACGCUGCUUUCUCGAAUUGUUUUCUGGUUUAGGAUUUGAUCUCUAGAUAUAAACAGUUUCAUCUUAAAGCAUUUCGACAAUAAACUCACUGUUUUAUAUGUUUCUCGUUUAGUUUUAGGGCGACUAAAUGACAAUACAUAUGAAGUAUUAUUUAAAAAUAUUCCCUUUUAAUUCUUAAGCAGGAAGAUGUUAUUUAUAAGCCACUGAAUGAGGCGGAUUCUGAUUGUUUUGUCUGCGACUUUUUGUCAUAAAAAGUCUGUUUGAGGUGAAAAGAAUUCGUCCUUAUUGUCUUUGGAUAAGCUGACCAUAGAUAAUCUUUUUUUUUUCUGUGUUCGUUUUCUAAUAAUACUAACUUUUUAAAAUCAUUAUUUAUGGUCAGCUUCGCUUUUGUUUAUGAAUAUCAUCUUUUAAUUCUUUAAGUAUAAAGUAUUUUGCUUUCUAAUUUUGUAUGGUUUGAGCUGUAUGAAGUUUACCUACGUAGGUAUAAUGUCCCCUUUUAUAUUGUAAAUACCUAUUUUAAGUACAUAUACAGUAAUGUAUUUGCGACUGUUAACUAAAUAAAAAUAUAAAAGUUUGACAA